ACCUUCCCGUCCUGCCCGCGAAGGAAUAAAAAGCAUCAUCACUCUCAGGGGGCAACCCCUCCCCAGCUGCCCGCCCAUUCCCCAUCUCUUCCCUCCCCCUCCCCCUCGCUGAAUCCCUCCUUUUCAUCUUCCCCAAUAUCAAAGACCCAAUCGAUCUGAGUCCCAAACCAUGAGUCUCUUUGGUAUUGGAAGGAAUCAGAGAACAUUCCGCCCUAAAAAAAGUGUGCCCUCGGGGAGUAAGGGAGCACAAUUAAGAAAGCACAUUGAUGCGACUUUAGGUAGUGGAAACUUGAGAGAAGCUGUAAGACUUCCCCCGGGAGAGGACAUUAAUGAGUGGCUCGCUGUCAACACUGUCGAUUUCUUCAACCAGGUCAAUCUGCUCUAUGGCACCCUGACUGAGUUUUGCACACCUGAGAACUGCCCUACAAUGACAGCAGGCCCUAAGUACGAAUAUAGGUGGGCAGAUGGGGUGCAGAUCAAGAAACCUAUAGAAGUUUCGGCACCAAAAUAUGUCGAGUAUUUGAUGGAUUGGAUUGAGGGCCAGUUGGAUGAUGAAUCCAUAUUUCCUCAAAAGCUUGGUGCACCAUUUCCGGCAAACUUCAAGGAUGUUGUGAAGACAAUAUUCAAACGAUUGUUCCGCGUAUAUGCUCAUAUCUAUCACACCCAUUUUCAGAAGAUUGUGAGCCUCAAGGAAGAGGCCCAUCUCAACACUUGCUUCAAGCAUUUCAUACUAUUCACCCAUGAGUUUGGGCUUAUUGACAAGAAGGAGCUUGCUCCACUCCAAGAGCUUAUAGAAUCUAUUAUUCCACCUUUCUGAAGAUGAUGAUGAUGAUGAUGAUGUUUGACCUUGUUAUGAUUUUGGAUUAUUACCUCACUUCACCUUUACCUCACCUUACUUUACCUAGCACUACUCCAUUAAAAAAGGUCACUGUAAAACCUCUUUGGUUUGCUUAAUCUUCAAAAUCAGUUGUUAAUAUCUCUCUUUAUAUAUAUAUGAACCAUGCAGAAAAGACUAAUCAUUUGGGGGUUGAUAAUUUAUGAGUUUUGGUGACUCAAAAUGUAUGUAUGUAUUUGAUGGGAAUCUUUGGCAUUUUACUUUUCUUUUGUGUAAUAAAAUAAAGAUCUUUUUGGUUU